UCUCGGUGCCAGCAUCUAGUUAGCAAUUAACUGAUCAGCACUGAGAUUGCCAAGCCAAGAGAAAACAAAGGCUGUCAUAAGAAAUAAAGAGGAAUGAAAGAAGCGAUGCCUGGAUAACGUCUCCUUCUCUAUAGGAUGGUAGAGAGCGGGUUGUGUCUCCCCAACCCGCACAGGAGGAGAUAACUCGUACCGGAGCGAGCUGCGGAUGGAUGGACUGCACCACCCUGUGGCAGGAGGGGUGGACAUAGCACCGCACAGAGAAAACCCUCCUCCUGGUUCAGCCUCCAUUCCUCCAGUGUGAGUAGAGCAGUCCGCCAUCUCGCCGCCUGUACACAGCGCUGUGAGGCCGGGGAGGAGAGCACAGAGCCCGGCUGUGAGGCCGGGGAGAAGAGCACAGAGCAGGGCCGUGUGCCGGUAAUAGAACGCCGGCCAUUCCUGCCUCCCUCUCCCCCGCCGCUGACCUGUCCCCGCCCCUCUCCCAUCACAAGCUGCGGCUGCAGGGCAGGCGAGCCUCCUCUCCUUGUUUGUUGUCCUUGUCUUCUGGUCUAUGGUGACAACGCUGACAUGGGGUGCACGGCUUAACCGGUCCCACGUGACCCUGAUUAUCCGAGUGCCAUCCUGAUCCGGACAGGAGGACGAUGAGCGAUCAGUGAUCAACAAUCCCUGCACAUACGGCUCCAUUCAUCCCACGGCUCAGUCAGUAGGUGAGAGUGUAUCCCGCUUCAUCCAAGGAUGCCGCUUGUUAAAAGAAACAUCGAUCCCAGGCAUCUGUGCCACACUGUUCUUCCAAGGGGAAUCAAGAAUGAACUGGAAUGUGUAACCAAUAUCUCUUUGGCAAAUAUCAUUCGACAACUAAGUAGUCUGAGUAAAUAUGCAGAAGACAUAUUCGGGGAACUGUUCAACGAGGCUCACAGCUUUUCCUUCAGAGUGAACUCAUUACAAGAACGCGUUGACCGGUUAUCUGUCAGUGUAACACAGCUUGAUCCUAAAGAGGAGGAACUCUCAUUGCAGGAUAUUACAAUGAGGAAAGCUUUUAGAAGUUCUACCAUUCAGGAUCAGCAGCUGUUUGACCGCAGAACCUUGCCAAUUCCACUUCAUGAAACCUAUGAGUUGUGUGAACAUCCACCACCUCUUGAUAUCCUAACACCCUACAGAGAUGAUGGUAAAGAAGGCCUAAAAUUUUACACAAAUCCAUCCUACUUCUUUGAUUUGUGGAAAGAGAAGAUGUUGCAGGACACAGAGGACAAACGGAAGGAGAAGCGAAAACAAAAGGUCGGAUUGGCUGCAGAAAAGCAAAAGAAUAUUGAUCGUCCGCAUGAACCAGAGAAAGUGCCUCGAGCUCCACAUGACAGACGUCGUCAGUGGCAGAAGUUGGCUCUGGGUGCUGAGCUGGCAGAAGAUGAUUUAGAUUUUGGACUGAAGCAUGUGGAGAUAGUAAAUGGACCAACAUCACAUUAUGAAACAAGGCCACAAGCUUAUGGAGAAAAUUCAGAUGGAACCUUCUCGCUUGCAGCGCUACCUUACAGCCAGAUGAAUGAUCUUCUGAACAGGGUUCAGGGUGAAGAAAGGGUUUUGGUAAGGCCUCAUGAACCACCACCUCCUCCACCAAUGCACGCUGCCGGAGAUGGAAAAGCCAUGCCAGUUAUCAGUGCCACACAAGGUUUGAAUGAAAACCGGCCACAGUCUCCAGCUAUAGGAAGAACGCAAGUGUUUGUGAGCCCUUCUCCACCACCACCACCACCUCUUCCUCCUCCUCCUCCACCCCUUCCAUCUGCACUUUCUGCAUCUUCACUGCGCUCAUCUAUAUCGUCCACUCCUCCGCCUCCUAUUCCUCCACCACCACCACCUCCUGCAACUAGCUUACAGAAUACUGUUGUGCCACCAGCACCAGCUCCUCUUCAGAUAGCACCUGGAGUACUUCACCCAGCAGCACCUCCUGUUGCCCCUCCUCUUGUACAGCCUUCUCCUCCUCCAUCAUCACGUUCUGCUCAACCAGGUGAAGCUGUGCCAGUACAUCCACUUCCACAAACUGAAGCACUGGGGCUUCCACCACCUCCUCCUCCACCACCUUUACCUCCUCCUGGAAUGCGUCCCUCUUCCCCUGUUGCAGUCCCACCACUCUCUCACCCCCCUGCAGGUUUACAUCCUCUAGCAUCUAUUGUACCUGGCUCUCAUGCUCCUUUGCUUCCCUCAUCCCCACCAUCACAAGUUGCUCUUGAGCCCAAGCGACAUCCAUCUACUCUGCCAGUAAUUAGUGACGCAAGAAGUGUUCUACUGGAAGCAAUACGAAAAGGUAUUCAACUUCGUAAAGUUGAAGAACAGCGCGAACAGGAGGCCAAGCACGAGCGUAUUGAGAAUGAUGUGGCUACCAUCUUGUCUCGGCGAAUCGCUGUGGAAUACAGCGACUCAGAAGACGAUUCCGAGUUUGAUGAAGUGGAUUGGGAGUGAAACAUGUUACAUAGUUAAACACUACAAACUGGAAUGCUGAUGUCAAUUGUGGUGCUUGUUCUUUGAAAAAGUUUGGUCAUUUCUAGUGUUUUGUAUCUUUAUUAACUUACGCCAUCAGAAAAAAUAAACUUUUUCCUUUUUUUUUUUUUUUUUUUUACUUUUAAUUUUUUUUCUACUUUUAGUUUACAGCAAGGUUAGCAACUCUGACAUUUUAGUGUGACCUUUUUACCAAUCUUUUAUAGGGAAAUGGAAGUGUUGUUCCAAUAGACCACUAAGUAUUACGACUGGGCAGCUGUCAAGAUGUAGAAUAGAAAGCGGAAAAAAAAAAAUUUCUUUAGGUAUACUUUGUGCACUUUGUGAAUUUUAAGUUAAUGAAGGCGACUAAAGAGUGAAAUUCCAAGGGCAACUAUAUUUACUAUGGGCCUUAUUUUAUUUUUUAUUUGCUGUUUUCAUAGCAUUAAACCUGACUCUGAAGAUUACUGCUCAUAGCUAGGUCUGUACACUGACACAGGAAGUGCAACUGGUACAUGCAUAGAACAAAGGCAGCCAUUUUGCUAUUUAAUAUUUUGGGUGGACGCCAUUAGGUUGUGCCUGCUGACACCUUAUUUACUGUAUGUCUUCUGAACAUGGCUAUUUAUACUUGCUGGUUAACCACGCCGUGUUCUAGUAAAAAGCUUUUAGAUAAGUCUGACUGUUCCUGCUGCAUUGUCUGUAAUGUGAAGGUAAAUUAAAGGGUAUGUAAACCCUAACAGUGAACUUCUGUUAUUUUACGCCUAUAUGGUUUGUUAAUCAUACAAUUAAAAGUGUUUUGCUAUAUUAGUUUGAUAUGUGCAAAAAAUACCUGUUGAUUCAGCCAGAAAUGUCGACUUUCUGUGCUCUCUUCCUCUGCUGACUGAUAUCAGUUAUAUUGUUGAGGGGGAAUUCAUAUAAGUCUUAACCUGCUUCUGUUCUCCCAAUACAGUAAGUGUUUUUUUCAUACCAGGAUAGUAAGUGUGUUACUGGCACAAUCAACAGUUGAAAAUAAAGGAAUAAAGCUUGAAAAAAGAAAACGACUUCACCACCCCCUCUAAGGACUAUUUAUAUAUCUUUGUUUUUGUGCUUUAAAAUAUGGAAUCCAUGUGUGACCUCUUGGUGUUCAAGGCAAGGAGCCUGAUACAGAAAUGUUACCCCAAGAUAUAAAAGAAUCAAGCUGGUGGUUCACCCAGUUGUUGUGCAUCCAGAACCAGAGUUACCGUACAUUUUAGCAGGCAUUCUGGCAGCUUACAACAUGGCCACCUUUACUAUGCCUGACAGGUUUACUUGAAAUGUUUUCAAACUAAAAGUAAAUGGGCUUCGACGCCUCAGUGUAUUUACUUGAGUGGGUGCUCCUACCAGUACUCUAUUUAAAAGGAGCAGGAGGACUUUUGUCCCAUAUUGCCACAGCUAUUCGUGUCCAUCUAUUCAGGUAUAAAGGCACUCAUAGAAUAUCGUAUCUGAAUGGCACAGUCGAAGGUUGGAUCACUCGGAGGCUGGGGUUUACCUUUUAUUUAAAAUGGACCUGUCACUUUUCAGGCAUUUUGUACAUAAGUUUGAUGCAGGAUAUGAAAUUUUGUAAUCUAUGUUGUUUGCCAAAAGGCAGAUACUUGCAUUAAAAUCAUUGAUGUAUAAGAACCUUCAAAUGAAAGGUCAUCUUCACAGUUAUAAACACCUUUAAGAUAUAAAAAAAGAAAAGAAAAAUAUUAGCUAUUGUUUUUUUUGGUUGUUUUUUUUUUUUUUCUUUUUAAAUAAUGGCCUUAUUUGAAUGCUGAGGUAUUUUUAUGUACAUGUUGUUGGUACUAUUUUGCCUGUAUUCUAAAGUAAUGAAAAUACACGUGAAAACUUUAAACAUUCUGUGUAACUUAUGUAACUGCUGUUAAAAAAAGACUGAUUUAAUAAAUUCCUCAUUUUAAGUGAA